AUGUUCAGCAAAUUCACCAAGAUUUUUAAGGCCCCCGUGGCCCCGGCGCCCUCGGAGACCCCAGCGCCGGCCCCUGCACCUGCCCCGCCAGCAAAGGUAACUCCUGCUCCUGCUCCUGCUCCAGCUCCUGCUCCUGCUCCAGAGCCGGCCAAGCCUGAGGGGGCCCCUGCGGCUGACGCCCCUGCUGCUGAAGGAGAGGGUGGAGAGAAGGAGCCAGAGAAGCCGCCACGGCCAAUCGUGAUAAACAAAUAUGCAGACGAUUGUCUUGUUGAUGUUGUGCGGCGCAUAAGGGAACGUACAGACAUGUACAAGGAAAAGGUCAUUGACCCCUAUGCCUCUUCACCAGAGCGCAGUCCACCUGUCACGCCUGUGUACCGGGUCUGCGACUGGCUUAAAAAGCAGGAAGCAGACAGGAUUGCAAAAGAGGAGGCCGAAAAGAAGAAAAAGGAGGAUGCAGAAAAGAAAGCAGCAGAGAAGAAAGAAAAGGAGGAGAAGGACAAAGAGAAAAAAGCACUAGAGAAGAAGGAGCAGGAGGAGAAGGAGGCACUGGAGCCCAAAAAGAGGCCUCCCUUAUCAAAGGUCUGCGGCGACCUCUGUGAUAAAGUAUUUGCGCCCCUUGAGGACAAAAUGGACUCAUAUGUGGGAACUACAAUCGACCCGUUUACAGAUCGCCGGUAUCUGAAAUGGCUAACUGUGGUGACGUUUGCCUAUAAUUACAACGUCUGGUUGGCUCCGGCUCGCUUGUGUUUUCCAUACCACACUCCGUUUUCAAUACCGUUCUGGAUCGUGUGUGAUGUGUUUUGUGACCUCAUUAACAUUGUCGAUAUUGUGAUUUUCCAGCAACGGAUUCAGUUUGUCAAAGGCGGCGAUAUUAUUAAAGAUCGGAAGAUGACUAAAGUCAACUACAGAGCAUCUCCACGCUUUAAGUCGGACAUGCUGAGUAUCAUUCCAUUCGACGUGCUCUGUGUCCAGUUUGGAUAUACAUCUCUGUUCCGAUUCAAUCGCUUUUUGAGGGUAGACUCUUUUAAUGAGUUCAGCGAUCGACUAGAGAGCGUAAUGACAAAAGCUUACAUCUGGAGAGUGGCCCGCACUAUCUGCUACCUGUUGUUCUUACUUCAUCUCAAUGGCUGCAUCUAUUACGUGGCCUCAGACUUCCUGGGGUUGGGAACGUCCAAGUGGGUCUAUGAUGGCAAAGGAAGCGCGUACCUGCGUUGCUAUUACUACGCCACUCGGACACUGAUCAACAUUGGUGGUCUGCCUGAGCCACAUUCUGUAUUUGAAAUCACUUUCCAAAUGGUGAACUUUUUCGUGGGCGUGUUCGUCUUCUCUAGUUUGAUUGGACAGAUGCGAGAUGUCAUCGGCGCUGCCACGGCUGGACAGACGUACUUCCGCGCCUCCAUGGACGGCUGCGUGGCAUACAUGAACACCAACCACAUUCCCAAACUCGUGCAGCAGAGAGUGCGCACCUGGUACAACUACACCUGGGACGCACAGGGCAUGCUGGAUGAAGGGGAAUUGUUGGAUCGGAUGCCCUUAGUCAUGAAAACAGCCAUUGCUGUGGAUAUCAACCUUGGCACCUUCCAGAAGAUCGCCCUCUUUCAGGGUUGUGAUAAUCAGAUGCUUGUGGACAUGUUGCUGCGGCUCAAGUCCAUUAUCUACCUGCCGUCAGACUUUGUGGUGAAGAAGGGAGAUAUCGGUAAGGAGAUGUACAUCAUCAAAUCAGGGGCUGUGCAGGUGGUAGGAGGUCCGGACAACUCUAUUGUCUUUGUGACACUGAAAGCAGGCUGUGUGUUUGGGGAGAUCAGUCUGCUGCAGUCAUCAGCUAAUGGAGGCAACCGCAGAACCGCAAAUGUAAAAGCCCACGGCUUCGCCAACCUCUUCGUGCUGGAAAAGAAAGAUCUGUUUGACAUCUUGGUCCACUAUCCAGAGUCCCAGAAAGUGCUGGCAAGAAAGGGCAGGAAUCUGAUGAAAGCCAAGGGCCCAGCUGCAGCCAAAGCAGAGGAGGACAAAAAGAAGGCCGUGACCUUGUUCGGACCCAAGCCACCCACCCCAAAGUUCAUCCGGGCUUUUGGCAAAGGGGGUUUUCUGGAGAAACUCAAGGCCGCAGCCGCAGCCGAGCAGAAGUGA